GGUAGCACACUGUUCGACUCGCCCAAUCCGCUACCAACAGAGCUCCCACGUGUUGUCGUCGUCGAGGAAUCCGCCUCGUCGCUCUUCAUCUCCCUCCCCGACCUCGCCUCGGUUCAACCUCGUCCCCUCCUCGAUCCAGUGCAGCAUGGACCGCAAGUUCGACAUUGGUGACGACUACAAGGUCAUGGACGUCGUCGGUGAAGGCGCGUACGGCCUCGUCAGCUCGGCGGUGCAUCUCCCGACCCAGAGCAAGGUCGCCGUCAAGCGCAUCCAGCCGUUCGACCACUCGAUGUUCUGCCUGCGCACCCUGCGCGAGAUCAAGCUCCUGCGCUGGUUCGCACACGAGAACAUCAUCUCGAUCCUCGACAUCAUCAAACCCUCGACCUACGAGGGCUUCUCCGAGGUCUAUCUCAUCCAGGAGCUCAUGGAGACGGACUUGCACCGCGUGAUUCGCAGCCAGGAGCUUUCGGACGACCACUGCCAGUACUUCCUUUACCAGACCCUGCGCGGCCUCAAGGCCUUGCACUCGGCGGCUGUCCUCCACCGCGACCUCAAGCCGUCCAACCUCCUGCUCAACGCCAACUGCGACCUCAAGAUCUGCGACUUUGGCCUGGCGCGCUCCGCCAUGUCGAGCGAGACCGAGGCCGUCGGGUUCAUGACCGAAUACGUCGCGACGAGGUGGUACCGUGCGCCCGAGAUCAUGCUCACGUUCAAGGAGUACACGUUCGCCAUCGACGUCUGGUCCGUCGGCUGCAUCCUCGCCGAGAUGCUCAACGGCAAACCGCUCUUCCCCGGUCGCGACUACCACCACCAGCUCACCCUCAUCCUCGGCGUCCUCGGCACGCCCUCGCUCGACGACUUUUACGCCAUCGGCUCGCAGCGCAGCCGCGACUACCUGCGCGCGCUCCCGUUCCAGAAGAAGAAGCCGUUCCAGACCCUGUACCCGAACGCCAACCCGCUCGCGAUCGACCUCCUCGAGCGCUGCUUGACAUUCAACCCGAAGAAGCGCAUGAGCGUCGUCGACGCCCUCAGCCACCCCUACCUCGACCCGUACCACGACGAGACGGACGAGCCGACGGCGCCGGUCCUCCCGCCUGCCUUUUUCUCUUUCGACCAGCAGCAGCUCGACCGCGAGCAGCUCAAGCGCCUCAUCUACGACGAGAUCACCUCCCCGCCGCCCCAGCACUCGUGAGAGCGCUCAAUCCCUCUCCUCAGACACUCCCCUCAUCGCCCUGUCUCGGUUCCCGCACGCAUUGUUCACGUCCCGCCGCAUCCUCCUCGAACCCUGCUUCCGCCCUGUUUGCCUCUCGACCUCGACCUCGUUCUCGUUCUUGGCCAUACCCCCCCCCUCUCCCUCUCUCUCCUCCACCUUACGCACUCGCCGCAUGUCAUCAUUCCUCCCUCGAGCUUGUCUUUGCCGCCGCACCUGCCCCACCCUUGUUUG